GAUGCUGUCUCCAUCUUUGCAGAGCUCUAGUUGGAGAAGAGCGCCCCCUGUGGGUGAGCAGGAGGAACUGAGCUUGUACUCCUCUCUGGUUGCUGCACAAGCAGCUCAGAUGGAAGAGGAGCUUCAGCCUGAGCAGACACAGCUCAGAGGUGUGCAGCUGAGGACCAGCCUGAGGAGGAGUCCCUGUACAAACACAGACAAGGACCGUUCUCUAUCACAUCCCCACUCUCCCCCAAUGUUCUCUGACACUCUGCUGCAGAUUACAUUGCAUCCCAUGCGGAUUUCCUGCAGGUGAAAAACUUAGCCAUGCUGGACGUUUUGACUUCCAGGGUUGGAGAGACAGUCUCCUCCUAAAACUUCAGCUCCUGUGCCCAGGGGUGUACCUAACCAAGUUGUGAAGACAGCUGAGGAAAGGCGAUGAACGCCGUGUAAAAACGUGUUUUUGGGCCUCACUCCGCGACAUCAAGAUGGAUCAGGAUUACUCAGACUUGCCAAACAUCACGGAGCUGUACUUUUCUCCAGUGUCACAGGGUGACAUCAUAGAGACCACAACUAACAUGUCCACCACGAACAUUACGACUCAAUACUAUGACAUUACUAGCAAUGCCAUCCUCACCUUCAUUUACUUUGUGGUGUGCGUCGUGGGACUCUGUGGAAACACACUAGUCAUCUACGUCAUACUCCGAUACGCCAAGAUGAAGACAAUCACCAACAUCUACAUACUCAACUUGGCUAUUGCUGAUGAACUCUUCAUGCUUGGCUUGCCCUUCCUAGCAAUGCAGGUAGCAUUGGUCCAUUGGCCUUUUGGCAAAGUCAUCUGCAGGAUUGUCAUGACGGUGGACGGUAUAAACCAGUUCACCAGCAUCUUCUGCCUUACUGUUAUGAGCAUCGACCGAUACCUGGCGGUGGUUCACCCCAUCAAGUCAGCCAAAUGGAGAAGACCAAGGACUGCCAAAAUGGUCAAUGCCGCAGUGUGGACCAUUUCUCUCCUGGUGAUCAUGCCAAUUAUGAAUUAUGCCGGAGUUCAGCUCUAUCGUGGGAGAGGUAGCUGCACCAUAAUCUGGCCUGGGAACUCUGCGACGUGGUACACUGGUUUUAUAAUUUAUGCCUUUAUACUCGGGUUCCUAGUCCCGCUAAGUAUUAUCUGCCUCUGCUAUCUCUUCAUCAUCAUCAAAGUCAAGUCAUCAGGAAUAAGAGUGGGUUCCUCCAAGAGGAAGCGGUCAGAAAAAAAAGUCACCAGGAUGGUGUCCAUCGUGGUUGCAGUUUUCAUCUUUUGCUGGCUCCCGUUCUAUAUCUUCAACGUCUCAUCCGUGUCUCUCUUGAUUGUGCCAACUCCGGGCCUGAAGGCCAUGUGGGACUUUGUGGUGGUUCUGAGUUACGCCAACAGCUGUGCCAACCCCAUCUUGUAUGCCUUUCUCUCCGACAACUUUAAAAAGAGCUUUCAGAAUGUUUUGUGCUUGCACAGGGUCAGUGGCAUUGAUGAGGGCGACAGAAGCGAUAGCAAACAAGACAAGUCCAGGAUGAAUGAAACCACAGAGACGCAACGCACAUUGCUUAAUGGAGAUCUUCAGACUAGCAUCUAAGCAAGUCCAGUUGGAAAUAUAGCUGCAUAUCUGAAUAAUUCCACCUACAACCAUCUAAUUUGGUUAUGUAAUUAGUAGCAGAGAGAAUUUGGAAGGUCGGAAGGGUGAACAAAAUGACACAUAUUUGAAGGUCUUAUGAAAGACAUUUCUGCACAGAUGUCUGGACCUCAAGUGGUCCUCCAACUACUGCUAUCAUUAUAAACCAUUUCUUUUAGUAAAAGACUACAAUGAUUUCUGUGCUCUGAAGGUUUUCUCUUGGGGCACCUGCCCCCUGAGGCCCCGGUAACUAGUCACUGCCAGACCACUUCUUUAGCUCCUCCAACAAAGUGGAGAUGUUUCAAACUCUGCUGAUUUCUUCUACAUUUUCCGAGAUGGUCUCUGGGUUUAAACUUAUUUCUAAACUCCUUCUCUUUUUGCUAUCCAGAAAAAAAAAAGAAACUCAUUAUUAAAAGGAUUUGUAUUCAAGGAGCGUUUCCUCACCAAGAAGAGGUAUCAAGCAAAUCUGGAACUAUAUCAACGCCAAGGGCCUAUGAAGGCACCUUUUAUGUGACUGCCAUUACAGGUUUUCUGCUACAUCGUACCAUAUCCAUUAUAAGUCUUGGAUGCAUUUGUAAAAGUUUGACAAGUAAAUUCAUAUUUUUUUAUUCUU